CAUCAAGCCUUUUCAUCACUUGUACUUCAGCAAACCAAUUAAUCUGAGUGCCCCAGAGCCAAAAUCAUGACAGUUUUGCAGCUUAAACAACUGCUUUCUAACCUGCUUAUUCCGUUCAAGUUCUCGUCGUCCUCAACCCACAUCAUCCUCAUCAUCUUGAUCUCUUUUUUCCGAGUUGCUUUUGCACUAGAUUCUUCCACUGCGACUCCAGGACAAGAACAAGCAGAGGCUCUUCUAACAUGGAAAAACAGCCUUGACAAGUCAACUCAAAUGCUCCUUCCUUCCUGGACUAGUCUUCCUCCCCGGAAUUUUACUUCAUCUUCCUACUGUUUUUCUUCCAAUGCCCCUUGCAAGUGGGUUGGAAUCACAUGCGAUGAGGCUGGAACUGUCACGCAUAUAAACAUCACAAACACUGGUUUGAGAGGUACUCUUCAACAUCUCAGCUUCUCGUCCUUUCCGAAUCUUACCAGCCUUGAGCUUUCUAACAACUCCCUUUAUGGAACUAUUCCUUCCCAUCUCAGAAAUCUUUCAAAACUCACUCAUCUAGACAUGCGUCUUAAUCGUUUCUUUGGAAAUAUUCCGUCUGAAAUGUGUCUGCUGAGCAGUCUUCAACACCUUUAUUUGGAUGGAAAUCAGAUAAAUGGAUCUAUACCACAAGGAAUAGGAAAGCUUAGUUCUCUAACUGAGCUGAAUUUGCAAAAAAACAAUCUUAUAGGAUCAAUCCCAAAUUCUAUAGGAAACUUGACAAAGCUCAUAGUUCUGGAACUUGAUGAUAAUCAUCUAUCUGGCAGCAUAACUCUGGAAGUAGGAAAUUUGACCAAGCUUACUAUAUUGGAUCUUGCAGAGAAUCAAUUUUCGGGAAACAUCCCUCCAGUACUAGGGAACUUGAACAACCUCACAGAGUUGAUGCUAUGUGUGAAUCAUUUAUCUGGUCAUAUUCCUCCAGAACUCGGAAAACUUACUUCCCUUUCUGGCUUAUGUCUCUUUAUGAAUAAACUCAGUGGCUCCAUUCCUAGAGAAAUGAAUAAUCUUACAUCUCUGCUUGGUUUUCUAGUGGCCGAGAACAACUUGUCUGGCUAUUUACCACCAAACAUAUGCGCUAAUGGGAUACUGGAACACUUCGCUGCCAGUGGAAACAACUUCGUUGGUCCCAUUCCAAAAAGUUUAGGAAACUGUACCAACUUAAUCAGGUUUCAGGUCCAAAGAAAUCAACUAAAAGGUGACAUAUCAGAAUAUUUUGGCAUAUGCACACGUUUGGUUUACAUCGAUCUGAGUCAUAACAAGCUGUAUGGUAAGCUGUCAAUCAAUUGGGAGCAAAGCAAAAACCUAACAUGCUUGAAGAUCUCAGACAAUAGAAUUUCAGGUACAAUCCCAGAUGAUCUUUAUAAAGCAAGUCGACUUGGAUAUCUUGACCUGUCCCGAAAUCAGUUCGUAGGAAAAAUUCCAAAGGAAUUGGGGGCCUUGAAGUUACUGUUCACUCUUAAACUGAACGAAAAUAAACUUUCAGGCAGUAUUCCAAAGGAAAUAGGAAGACUAUCCGGGCUUACUCAACUCAACCUAGCAGCUAACAAUUUAAGUGGAUCAAUACCCAAGCAAUUAGCACAGUGCUCAAAACUCUUGGACUUGAAUUUGAGCAUGAACCGAUUUUGGGAAAGUAUUACCCCCCAGAUUGGCAGUAUACGCUCUCUCAUGUAUCUUGAUCUUAGCCAAAACCUGCUCACAGGAGAGCUUCCCUGGGAGCUUGGACGAUUACACUACUUAGAAUUAUUAAACCUCUCCCACAACUAUCUGUCUGCCUCGAUACCAUCAACUUUUAGUGAAAUGUUAAGCUUGACAUGGGUGGAUAUAUCAUACAAUAGAUUGGAGGGUCCACUUCCUGACAACAAAGCGUUCAGCAAGGUGCCAAUGAGAGCUCUAGAACAUAAUAGAGGUCUGUGCGGCAACAACACUGCUCUGAAGGCUUGCCCCUCGUUGUCGAGCAAAAGACCUGAUGGAAAGAUAAGCCUCCGAGUUGUUAUUUUGAUCACUGUUAUUCUAUUUGGCACUCUGUUUCUUUUUUAUAUCAUUGCAGCAGUCUAAUGUGCUUGCUUCCAGAAUAUGAGAAAGCCAGAUCAUGAGCCAAGGGAUGCAGAAGAUGAAACUCUGUUUGAAAUUUGGAGUUAUGAUGGGAAAAUGGCACAUCAAAGCAUUGUUGAAGCGACAGAAAAAUUCAACCCAAGACAUUGCAUUGGAGAGGGAGGAUCUGCAAAUGUUUAUAAAGCAGAGGUGUCAACGGGUCAAGUUUUUGCAGUGAAGAAACUUCACCAAUCUGAGGAUGGAGAAGUGGCCAACCGAGCCUUUGCAAGUGAGAUUACUGCUUUAGCAGAAGUGAGACACAGGAAUAUUGUAAAGCUCUAUGGUUUUUGUUCACAUGCAAGAUACUCAUACCUUGUGUAUGAAUACUUAGAAGGGGGAAGCUUGGGAAAGAGUAUAAGUAGUGAGGUGAAAGCAAUGCAGUUCGAUUGGAUCAAGAGGGUUAACGUGGUAAGAGGUGUUGCCCAAGCUUUAUCCUACCUGCACCACGACUGCUCACCUCCAAUUAUUCAUCGAGAUAUAUCAAGUAACAACAUUCUGUUGGAUUUGGAAUAUGAAGCUCACAUCUCCGACUUUGGCACAGCCAGGAUUUUGAAGCCUAACUCACCCAAUUGGACAUCAUAUGCAGGCACCUUUUGGGUAUUCAGCUCCAGAGCUUGCUUACACUAUGGAAUCGAAUGAGAAGUGUGAUGUAUACAGCUUUGGGAUGGUAACAUUGGAAGUGAUGAUGGGAAGGCAUCCGGGCAGUUUCAUCUCCUUAUUAUUAUCA